CAAACCUUCACCGCACGCAGACGCAAAGUUAGCGAAACGAUAGUUGAAGGUUACGCGUCAAUAAGGGGACUUUUAUUUAUUUUCUUUUGUAGAAUCUCGCCGGCUGCUGAUCGAGCUUAAAAGAUAAGAGGUUCCGUGCGUUGUGUAGAAUCUUUACGCUGAUAGCGCUGAUAACAGUAACUGACUUACGCAAGAAGCUAGUUUCAUAUGGUUUUGAAGAUGUUGGCGUCAUCGGAUCUUGAUGGAAACGAGCACAGCGUAUCACCUAUUAUUGCGUGUAAUUACGACGUUGGCGAAUCGAACCCUUGCGGCAGCAGAAACGAAACGAUUAAGCGGAACGAAGUGCCUCUAAUCCCAAAUGCGGACAAGCGUACAUUGGAAAAAUUUAUUGAGGGCGAUGAAAUUCUAGACCAAAAAAAUCCGUUCAAAAGUGAUGACACAGUGUUCGACGAGUUGGGGCCUGCAGCGCCGAACAAUGAGUGUACGACGUCCUAUAUUAGAUCGGAUCGCAAUGGGCAUGACGAAGAGCUGGACUUUAUUACAAAGGAAGAAAUUUUGAGGCAAUCUAAAUACGUGCAAACAUAUAUCAAGAACCCGGACAAACAGUUAAAUUAUGAUAAAAGUGUUAUAGAGCAGAUGGACGCUAUCAGGGCCACCGGGCACCAGGCUCGUCCACCUAUUCCGGCACCGCGCAAAAUUAAUUGCCACAUCACUGAUGAAAGCAAAACUUGCCCAUACAAUGAAAAAAUUAGAUCGUUACCUCGAGGCAAAAUUGCCAAAACAUUGCAACAAACCACUGUUAAACCGAUUCCGAUGAUGCGUCGUGAUUAUUGUGACCUAAAGGUGCGAGUAGGGUCGGCAGAUGCCGGGGAGUCGCUUUAUGAUUCGAAUGAAGUCGUCCAAAACGCAUUGAAAUUCGACAGCCGCUUCCGUACUGUGGAGUUUGGCUCGCAGGAUGAUAUCGACACGAUUGCCGAGAAAACGGACAUCGGCAGUACUGUCCCGGACACAUCAUUACAAUCCGACAUUUUUUCAGAUAGCAUCCCCAGCACACCCAGCACAUCCAGCGAACUUAUUCAAACGGCUCCCUCUAAUCCAAACGAAUCGGACUAUCAUAUAAAGAGGAAGGACAGUAAUUUUGCAGAAGAGAUAAAGAAAUCUUUUUCCAACACCAUCAAGAGUGCCGACUUUAGAAAGUAUCUGCAAAGCAGAGGUCUUACUCUGAUUCCAACAAGAUCGACAUCCAUUUCAUCCACUCCAACUGCAACGAAACAGCGUCAACCCACGAAACUAUCUGUACUCUCUAAGUUUCUGCAGAGCAAUAUAUUUGAACCAAAAACCGGGCAUUCAGUAAAGCUACAAGGAUCAUCUACAUCGUUGUUAAAUCCUAAAAAACCCAAAAACAGCUCUGUUAACGAAGGCGGCAAUAAAAGCUCACAUAUUGGAAGGUCCUAUUCCAUGAGCGCUAAACCAAAGGUUAGUUGUAGACAGCUGGAGUAUCGUAAUACGCACUAUGCAAAGGAGGACGAUAAUGGGCAGUUUGCAACGAUGGAUUUCAAUCGGACGACACGGCUUCGCACAAGCUUUGCAGGCCGAUCAUCUCAGCCAAGCUUCGAUUCAUCGUAUCGCCGGUCAAUGCGGAAUGCUGGGAUUCAGGUGAAUCUCGAGACUAGUAAGAAUGCGCCAGGCGGUCUUCAAGCACAUCUAUUAGAAAACUCGUCGUCUCAUGAGAUACCAAUACGACAGAAAGUUAGCACGCAAAAGAUUCCACUGCAACGUUAUCUACCCGUUGAGAAAUAUUCCAAGAUGGAACACAAAUCCCCCGAGCAAGAUAAUGGCCUGAAGGGUUCUACUGCUUCAUCGCACACAGUUGUGCCGGUGUAUUCGGAACCUCUUCGUUACGGGGAUCCUAUCAACUAUCAUAUAUACGAGCAAACUCCCGAUAAUUUAAGAUGCGAAAUGCUGUACGGUCAUAUAGGUUACAUAGGGACUUCGCAGUUAAGUGGAUGGCAUCCACAGAAUCGCAGAUCGUUCAGCAGUGUGCAAGAAACUCCAACAUAUGGUAGACUACGCUCAACAUAUGUCUCUUCACCCAUUUCAACUCAAUCCACACCGGUUCGUUGUACUUCCGAAACGCUGGAUCGUCAGCAAAUUCUUCACAAAAUUUAUGAUUUCUAUCGCCGCUCAAUUCGUUCGAACAAACUACAGAAUUUGAAAGCCAAUGACACUGAACCUGCAUUGUACAAUGGAGCCGGUGUACCGAGUGGGCACAAAAUUGGACGAUCAGAAGAACAAGCACGUUUUCCGAACAUGGAAGACGGUCAUGUGACGGAAGUCGUUCAAGUUAGAGGUCCACCAUCAAUGACGUUGAAGGAGCAAGUUAACGCCCCACAGCAAACUCAGUAUGACCGAAACAUAGAAAACAUUUAUUCUUUUGUGACCAAAAAAAUGAACCAACUGCGAGUACAUGAAGCUAACGAACAAAGAGUUGGAAGUAUUGCCAACAUUAGAAACUCAACAAGACUGCCCAGAAGAGUAAUGUUGUUGAAUAGCAGCUACGGUGGCAACUGCACACCUCAACCAUUGCACCAUGCAAUUGGUGGUGAAGUAGACUACGUUAAUAUCCGAGGUCCUCCAGAUGGUAUCCAGUAUCGAACAUCGCACUGUUACGUGCUUUCAAAUGACAAAUGAUGAUUUGGCUCUCCGGAACAGUUUCCUUUGCAGAAUCGUGAUAUCAAGAGCAUUGUGCAGUUGUGCAGCAUAGUGUAACAUGAGUGCUAAUACCAGCUAUGAAUAAAAAUCAAUCUACAGCUCCGGCUAUAAUCGCAUGUCUCAUCAUGUUUGAUUGUUUGAUACAACUUUAAUAAACAUCUUUUGCCCAAUUGAUA